AUGUCCUCCUCGACGCCCGAUCUCGAGCCCCCGAGCUACACAACCUGCGACGGCGUCUCGGACCGCUGCCCCGUCUCGGCCACCGUCUACCUCGGCUGGCGCUCCAAGGCGUGGUCCUUCGCCGCCUACCUCGCCCUCGGCACGGCCUUUGAGCUCAUGGGCUACGCCGCCCGCAUCGCCAUGUCCUACAACCCCUGGUCCUACGAGGGCUUCGUCAUUCAGCUGCUCAUGCUCAUCCUCGGCCCGACCCUCGUCGCCGCCGCCAUCUCCGUCACCUUCAAGCACCUCGUCCUGUGGCACGGGCCCCAGUGGUCCUUCAUCCGCCCGCGCCUCUACCCCUGGGUCUUUGUCGGCACCGACUUUUUCAGCAUCGUCAUCCAGGCUGCCGGCGGCGGCGUCUCGUCCGUCGCCACCGACGGCGAGGACCCCGACCAGGGCCUGCUCGACGUCGGCUCCGGCCUGCUCGUCGCCGGCGUCGUCUUCCAGGUCGCCAACAUGAUCUUCUGCGGCGGCCUCAUGCUGCUGUACAUCUGGCGCCGCCACCGCGCGCUGAAGAGCGAAGGCGCGGCACGGGCCGGGGCGACGGCUGUCGUCGAGGGCGGCAGCGGCGGCGGCGGCGAGACGUCGUCUUCCGUUGCGUCGGGCCGCGUCGGGACGGGCGCCGCCGGCAAGACGUACAGGCCCAAGGAUCCGAAGGUGCAAAAGUUCAUCUGGGCCAUCACGGGUGCCUAUAUUGCCAUUAUUGUGCGGUGCAUUUACCGUAUCCCCGAGAUGCAGACCGGCUGGGCGAGCGAGCUGAUGCAGAACGAGACGCUGUUCCUCAUCCUCGACGGCGCCAUGAUCCUCAUUGCCGUCCUGACUUUGACCGUCUUCCAUCCCGCCUUCUUCUUUCCGUUCCUGGGCAAGGGCAAGGGCCGCGUGCCCGUGGAGGACGAGGCGGCGUCGCAGGGGCAGCCUGACAUGCGGACUGUCCAUCAGGCGUGA